AUGAAAGUCUUGAGUGGGCUGCAUGCGUGCCUCCUUGGAGUUCUUACACAGCAUGUUGCGCAAUCAUGGGCACUAUCAGGAGAGGCAAAAGCAAUGGUUGAAGACUCUAUGGAGUGGAUGGAUAGGUUCUACGAUCCCAAGAUCUCACAGCUAUACGACCUCAACUCCAACGCCGCAAUGAACCACGAGACACUUGCCUCUACAUGGUAUGCAGUGGGGCUUCUUGCACGGAACGGCGACGGUGAUGCCUCAAGAGCUGAGGAUGUCAUAAGAUACGUUAUCAAGGACCAGCACGACGAUCCCAAGGACUUGUGGUAUGGCGACUAUACGCGAGAACCAGAGGAGCCAACUGUUGGAACAGCAUGGUACCCUGCCAAAAUGUACGGAUCGUGGGACCCGAACUGGCGUGGCUUUGUUGGUCUCAGCUUCAUCACGAUAUACGAGGAGUUCGGUGAUCUGUUAUCGGAAGAUUUGAAGGGGCUUAUGCUGGACAGUCUAUAUAACUGCAGCGUUGGCGAUUCCUACCGCGUGGGUGGUGUCAACGGAGAUAACCUCUACCCAUCUUACAGCAACCCUGCAAUCAUGCGUGCGAUUGGGACGAGCUGGACUGGUCGACAAGUAGGCGAUGACAACAUGACACAAGCUGGAGAGGAUUAUGCCAAGGAGAUUAUUAACCUCUUUGAUCUGCAUGAUACGCUUUCUGAAUUCAACUCUGCGACUUACACCGGCAUUUCACUCUUUGGUCUUACACUAUGGUGCAAGUAUGGUGAUAAGGAUAGCAUCCUCUCCGAGAGAGGCCCAGAUCUCCUGCACGGCGUCUGGAAUUACACUUCGCAACUGUGGAACCCGAGCAUGCGCAAUCUCGCUGGUCCAUGGGACCGGGCAUACACGUUCGACAUGACCAAAUCUCUCGGCCUUCUAUCUCACUUUCUCGCACCGAUUAUCGGGAGGAAGGAGUCGGGGUUAUGGGAGUACCCGGAAGUCAUGAGCCAUGCGCGUGAUUGGGCUUGGGCGCCUCUCAUUGCUGUUCACUCAGAAUUUCACAAUUCGUUGCUUUCGGAUGAUCUUAAGGAGUCACUGAAGACAUUCGAUGGGGAGAGGACAUAUGAAGGGAAGGCCUACUAUCCGCCAUACGAUCUUGACACCCGCAAUAUCACGACAUGGCUUAGUGAGUCGCUCAUGAUUGGAGCGCAGUCGUAUCAUACGCAGAGUGCGAAUGGACCGUCUAAUAACAAGGCUCAAUUCCAUCCUGCUGUUGCGCAUUGGUCUUAUGGAGACGAUGAAAUUGGAUGGCUCAGCCUCCGACCUACUGAGGCCCACGUCCUGAUGGAGGUCUCGCCAAAAAAGCUCAAAGUGACAUAUCCUGAAGGGACCAGUAGUUCUGUGUUCACUUUUGUGGCAUCACCUUCACUUGCGAGGAGGGAUGUCCGGUCGUGGGCUGAUAUUCAAGGGGCCUCAAUAUCUGUCUCUGGAAAUGCAGAUCCGGAGCCACAGAUCACAUUCGCUGGUCGGUACGGUGGCUCUGGAAGUCCGAUAUACGACCACAAUCAUUGGACGUUUGUUCACACAAUGCCUGCUGAUUUUGAGGGCGCUCCUGAGAUUAUCAUUGAGUUUGAAUAG